UAGCAACUCGACGCCUAACAUAGACGUGUUGCUUAUUACUCGUCUCUUUGAGUGAAUAGAUUCUUUUGACAAACCAAAAGUUUUCAGUCUGUAGAAGAAAUAAUUUGGGAAACUGCAUAAGGGGAUAUUAUUACGGAAAUGUAUCGCAACGCAGGUUGGUCUUACAACGAGCAGCGGCUUAUAAACUUGCAGUUACAAGAACAGCAACUACAAGAGGCGAAAAUACGUGUAAGGAAAGACCGCCAACUACAGGCGAGUCUGCGGGACGAGGAGAGCUUUGAGAGGCGAAGGUACAUGCGGCAGGUGCAGCAGGAGCACAAGGAAAGACAAAUGGAAAGCGCCAUUCUAAAGGCAGAGGAAGAAAGAAUAAAUAGACAAAUCCAGGCACAACAGGAGGAAAGAAUUGCAAAAGAGCUUGCACGCAUCGGUUAUGAAAAGCAAAGAGAUGAAAAAAUUCGUCAGCAUAUUAAAGAGAACAGCACGGAGCUCAGGGAACUUGAGUCAAAAUUAAGAUCUGCGUACUUGAACAAGGAGAGAGCUGCACAAAUUGCUGAGCAAGAAGCCAUGAGAUAUGAGACAAUGCGAUCUGAAGCAGAGUUUGCAUGUAAGAUGAAAAGGGAAGAAGAGCAGGCUAAACUUGAGGAACAAAAACUGCAAACAAGACGGCAUGACGAGCUGCUGCAUUAUCAAAAAGAGUUGGAUGAGCAGCUCUUGGAGCGUGAGCACAAGAGACAAGAGGCUUAUGAGGAGUUCCUCAAAGAAAAGCUUUUGGUUGACGAGAUUAUUAGGAAGAUUUAUGAGGAGGAUCAGAUGGAAAGACAGCUGAAGUUGGAGAAGGUCAAAGCCACUCAACAACACAUUGAAGAGUUCAAGAGACAGCAGGCUGAAUGGAGACGCAUGGAGCAGGAGCAGAUGGACGCUGAGAACAGGCGAAUUCUGGAGUAUGCAAGGCGCCAGCAGCAGAAGGAGGCAAACCAAAAGGCCAUGAAUAAAGAACGGGAAGAAGCUAAGGAGAAACUUCACAAACUAUUGUCUGAGAAGAUAGAUGAAGAACGGCAGCAGCGGGAAGACAUGGAGCGAAUGCGUGAAGAGCUUUACUUAGAGGAACAGGAAGAGGCCAACAGACAAAGAGAUAUUGAGGAAAUGGAGAAGAAGAUCCGUCAGCGGCUGAUGAUGCAGCAGACUUGUCAGCAGCAAAUGGCUUUCAAAGAAAUGCAAAGGCAAGCAGAGAGAGAAGAAGAAGAAGCUUUCAGAAAAAUUAUGCUGGCUAAGUUUGCAGAGGAUGACAGAAUAGAGCAGAUGAACGCCCAAAAACGACGUAUGAAGCAGCUGGAACAUAAACGUGAGGUGGAGAAACUCAUAGAGGAGCGCAGACGGCAGCAUGAGGCCGAUAAGGAGCUUGCAGCAAAAGUAAAGGCACUUGAGGAAGAGAGGGAGGCAUUGCACAUGAAAAUCAUUGAAGAAGAGCGACAAAAACUCCUUAAACGACAUGCAAAACAACUACUUGGUUACCUACCUAAGGGCUUGCUUCGUGUUGAUGACCUAGAGUAUUUAGAUGAAGACUUCAGAAAAAACUUUCAAACCCGGCAGGCUGAUAUCUUUUCUGAAGAUGGAUGGGAGGAUCAUGACUAAUGCCUUAUUGCCACUAGAGGGCACUUAAGGGCU